AUGCGAGUUCUCCUCUUCUACUCCUACGUUGCUGUCUUGGGAGGCGCUCUGCUCAUGGCGCUCGUCGCUGGGGAGGCGGCGGAGAAGUUUGAAGAAGAGAAGUCGGAUGCUCUCAUGUGGCGCGUGCUGACGGUGCUCAAGAGUGAGUGCAUCGCUUGGGGUUCUGUUCCCCUGGGCCUUCCUUUGUUCCCUUGGAGUUCCUUUCUCUUGGGGUUGCUUUCCUCCACAUCACACCCCUCACAGCGCAGCGAGUUCUUCCUCUUGUACUCCUACGCUGCUGUCUCGGGUGGUGCGCUGCUCAUGGCACUCGUCGCUGGGGAGGCAGCAAAGAAGUUUGAAGGGGAGAAGUCGGACGCACUCAUGUGCCGCGUGCUGAAGGUGCUCAAGAAAAUCUACGAGCCCAAGGGCAUAGCCGUGGCGCAUCCUCUGCAGUGUGUGUGCAUGCGGUGGCGCAGCGAUCCGUAUGCGGGCGGCUCGUACUCGUAUGUGCGCAUGGCAGCAUCGAGGGACGGCUAUGAUACACUGGCAGAGAGCGUGGACGGGUGGCUGUUUUUUUGCAGGCGAGGCCACGAGUCGCCACUACCUGCCACCAUGCACGGUGCCUGCUUUAGCGGCUUGAGGGAAGCAGCCAAGAUCAACCAAGCUGCCACAGCUGCCGAAGCAGCCCGGGCAGCCGAAGCAGCGCGGGAUACUCAAACCGCACAUGCUGGCACCACCACAGGGCAAACACACAUGCAGACGCCCUCACCCUCCCUCUGCCUUACUCUAUCUUCGUCUCCUCUUUAA